AUGAACUACUACGGCAGCUACUAUGGAGGCCUGGGCUGCGGCUUUGGAAGCUUUGGUGGCCUGGGCUAUGGCCAUGGCUGUGGAUAUGGCUGUGGAUAUGGCAGAGGCUAUGGAUAUGGCAGCUUCCGCAGACUGACAGGUGGCUGUGGCUUUGGAGGCCAUGGAUAUGGAUGUGGCUCUGGCUUUGGAGAACCCGGAUAUGGUUUCGACUACAGAAGCUAUGGAUAUGGAUGCUGCCGCCCAUCAUGCAGUGGAGAAUACGGGAUCUCUGGAUACUUCUGA